UUACGUGUUACUAAUGCAUUUCUUUAUCUCGUAAAUACGGAAUAUUAUUUGGAAUAUACAACGUGAACGGAUAGAUUGAGGUUCAAUGGAAAACAUUGAGGUUAUGUUUACUCGUGAUUAAAUCUUGUGGACGACUUGUUUUCAUACACAUAUAUAGAGUUGGUGCAAAAUUGUGCAGUGCCACGUUCGAAGGUCCAAUGUUCAGACCAUCGUAGCAGGAAAAUUAUAAUUUAAGUGAGGAGAGCAGUCAGUUAUUCGAGCGCUAUGGUAGGUCAAUGUUACGUCGCUACCGCGGCUCCGAAACUCUUGGAGGUUACGAAAAAUAAUGGAAUCAGCAUUAUUUCCAUGGCAAGAGCUCCUGUGAAUAGCUUGAAUCUUGCAUUGUUGACUGAUUUAAAAGAGGCUCUGAUAACUGCACAGAAAGAGAACAGCGACGGUGUCAUUUUGACCUCCUCCUGUGCUACUGUAUUUUCUGCAGGCCUCGAUCUUACAGAAAUGUACAAACCAAAUGAUUUAAGACUUGUUGAAUUCUGGACCGCUCUUCAGGAUGCCUGGAUUGCCCUUAAUGGCCUCACUAUACCAACUGCUGCCGCUAUCAAUGGCAACAGUCCUGCAGGAGGAUGUUUGUUAGCCAUGACCUGUGAACACAGAGUCAUGGUCGAUGCCAAAUUCACCAUUGGAUUGAAUGAGACACAACUGGGUAUUGCAGCUCCAAAGUGGUUCAUGACUUGCAUGAUCGAUACAAUCGGAUAUCGACAAGCUGAAAAGGCAUUGUUGAAAGGAAAAUUGUUUACACCGAAGGAGGCUAUCGAAAUUGGGUUGGUGGAUGAGCUUGCAACUGAUAAACAAGAUGCAAUAAGGAAGUGCCAAGAGUAUAUUGAGUCUGCUAGAAUGGUUCCCGAAUUUGGAAGGAGCACAACGAAAUUUCUUAUACGCAACGACAGAAUCGCUGCGUUAAAAAAUAAUCGUGAAAAAGACCUUGCUGCCUUUGUUAGCAUUAUUAAAAAUCCGGAUGUACAAAUGGGACUAGGUUUUUACCUUGAGUCGCUUAAGCAAAAGAGUAAAUUGUAAAUUUACUCUCUUUGUAUUUUCUACGUUUGCACAUAUCUGCAAAAUCAUAUUUACAUUAUCGUUAAACUGCAAACGUACGAAAAAUUUUAUAUUUUUAUAAAAUUUUUGAUAAAUCGCUAUUGGGGCUGGAGUCCUGACACGAAUAUAUAAGGUUCAACAACAUUGCUCUCUACUCUCGCAAAACUCGAAAAUGGCACGAUAAAAAGGUCGAAAAACUAUCGAAUUGCCUGAAUUUAUUGCAUAUUGAAGAAAUUACGAAUAUUGUGCUGUUGCUAGCAUUAGAAUAAAAGGCGAUACCUUACAAGACGCUCUGUGUACUCGUCGUACCAAGUUUUGAUUCUGGACAAUAGUAGAUCUUCUCGGGCGUCGACAGUCUAUCAUUAAAAUGCGUGUGAUUAUAA